AUGACGCCUCACGAUGACCCGCCUAUCUACCAGCUGCCGGAAGAGUUACUGCUGCACGUCGCCUCUUAUCUUCCCGACGCAGCUGCACCCACGACCCUCAAGGACCUGAGUCUCACGUCCCGCAGAUUUCGCUCUGUCGCCCAAGAUGCCCUUUACACCACAGUAAAACUGUCCAUGUCAUGUGGGAGUCACCCCAAGGUGAGCUCCCUUCUGCAGCUGCUGCGUACUCUCUUGGACCGCGCAGACCUUGCUACAAAGAUCAGAACCCUGCGCGUUGGGACAAUUCGCAAGAAUGUCGCGAAGCUUUGCGAACAGCAGGACUUCGACCUCGCGUCUCUACGCAUGCGAAGCUUGGCAAAGCUGGAACAAAUGGGAAAUUCUGCAUCGCAUCCUUGGCAUCGGACCAUUCGGAAUUCGAUAGAGUCGGGAUUUGCUGGACUGCUGCUCGCACUGCUUCCCAACCUCACCCACCUUGAAGUCUGGGUGAAAGAUCAUCCUCGCGGUCCGCCUUCAGGCGAGUGCAUCUCCGGGCUUUUCGGGGGGAUGUUCGCCCCUGCUGGCAUUAUUCACGGUUGGAGCACGCUUCGACAUUUGACUACGAGCGACACACACUUGCUGAAAUCCGGCAUUCACUAUGAGAAUCUUAAAAGCCUCGAUCUAAAAACGAUUUCCAUUGGUACCAUCCUGCGUCUCAACGGUCCUGGGUGUCUACAGGGCGCCGAGAACCUUGAUGAUCUAGCCUUGAGUGUCUCGAUACAAUUUGCAGAUCGUCCCCUCGUUGAGAAGGCGGAAAUCCAACUCAGUGACCUUUUUGAAGCUCUCGACUGCAGCCGGCUACGAAGUCUCAAAAUGCAGUUUAUCAACGACAGCUAUCAUCUCACUGACGAUCGGGAUACCCAGCUUGAUGCAGGUUAUCUCAUAGAUCAACUUGAUAGCAUGCGAGACAGUCUAGAAACGCUUGCAAUCACGCAUGAGAUUACCGAUGACGACUCGGAUUUGGAAUGGCUGCUGGAAUUGCUGACGAACCAGAAGAGAUCGUUUAAACACUUCACCAACCUCAAGCAUCUCACCAUUCCACAGUUGUUCAUUUUCAAUGCGGAGCCGGCAGAUUGGCUGGAAGACUGCUGCCAGCCGAGAGAUUUGCCACCAAAGCUCGAGACGUUGGAGAUCCUUUAUCCUCAAACAGAUAUAGAAGACUGGGUAGAGCGCUUCGAGCUCCCAGAGUAUCAAUACAAUAGGGCCUUAGCCAUUCAAGCCAAGCUGCCCUCGGCUUUGCGGAGGAUCACAUUGACGUGUCGCGACGAAGUUGGCUCAUCUGCAUCGUUCUUCACAGAGUACGUAGACGCGAUCUGGCCGAAGCUGUCAUUGAGUCUCCAAAUUCAGACGUAUGUCUUCUGUCAGAUCCAAGGAACUAGGUACAACUUGAUAGACUCCUAUGAGGAAGAGCAUCGCAUCAAGGACGAGGAAACGACUGACAGCGCAGAGGAAACGACUGAUAGUGGAGACUACAAAGAGCAUUCUGGACCUCGGGUGUAUCCUACGACCGACAGCGAAGAGGAAACGACUGAUAGGGAACACAACUUCGACGCAGGAUCGGACGAAUAA